AUGCGCAUCGGAGAAGUCACUGGGGAGCACUACCAGGUCGUCGCCAAGCUCGGCUAUGGCGUCACUUCCACUGUCUGGCUGGGUCGAGACCUAAGGGAUGGGAAGUACUGGACGCUUAAAGUGCACAUCAACAGCCUGAGACACAAUCAGGAGCGUGUAGUCUUCCACCACCUGGCCAGUGUCACUACUGUCACCCCCGGCCAUCCUGGCAAGCGACAUGUCCGCGAGCUCCAUGAUUCAUUCACACUGACAGGCCCGCACGGCGACCACGAGGUGUUCGUCAUGGCCCCGUUGGGCAUGAGCCUGAGGACAAUGCAGCAACGGCAGCCGACGCGCGUCUUCAUGAAAAUGCUCGUCACGCCCGCGAUCGACCAGGUCCUCGUCGGCUUGGACUAUCUCCACGAAGCCGAGGUGGUCCACACUGACUUGCAUUCGGACAACCUUCUCAUCGCCAUGACGGACGACUCCAUCCUUGCCAAGGUAGAAGAGGACGAGAUCCGGGAGCCGUCAGCCCGGAAGCAGGACGUGGACCGGUCUAUCUACGUGUCGCGGUAUAUGCUGGGCGGCGCAGGCCCGCUCACCAUCUGCGACUUUGGCCAGGCACGUAUCGGCCGCGAGCAUAUUGGCCAUGCCAUGCCCCUGCAAUUCCGAGCCCCUGAGAUCAUUCUCAACAUGGAAUGGGGAAGUCCCGUGGACAUGUGGGCCGUAGGGUUGUUGGCGUGGGAUCUGCUCGAGCCGAAAAUGCUCUUCGACGUGUACGACACCGAUUCCCCCGAGCUCAACAACGCCCACCACCUUGCCGCCAUGACGGCCCUCCUAGGUCCGCCGCCGCCCGAAUUUCUCAAGAGAAGCGGGGAGACAAGCAAAUAUUGGUCCGAAGACGGUGAGCCAAUGGAUCAAUGCCCCACGACGUAA